AUGAAUUCAGUAGUAUAUCUUAUUGAAACAGCAAAAUGUUCUGUUAAUGCUCAAAAUGAACAACAUCUUGAAAAAAUCUUGUCAUCCAGUAAGAAAAAUUUAGAUUAUGAGAGUAAGACAAAGGCUGCUUCAACAGCAUUACAUGGAGCUUGUUUUAAUGGGCAUUUAAUAAUUGUUAAAUAUUUAGUCGAAAAUGGAGCUAAUUAUUUUAUCAAAAAUCAAGCCUUAGAAACACCACUCAUGAACAUAGGAUCUCAUGAGGAUAUUAAGCAAUACUUUCGAAAUUAUCUUCUAUUAGGCUAUUCUAAAACCAUGAGUGGCCUACCAGACAACGCUGUGUCAGAUGAACCUAUACAAAUAGUAGAUUGCGUUUGGGAGUAUAAACCAUUUAAUGAUCCACAAUGGUAUUCAUUUUCAUCCGAAGAAUCCGAUGUAUUACAGAAAUCUUUGAUAAUAGAACCCGACCAACAAUUCAAACAUGAAAUUCGUUUAACAGUACGCAAAGGUAUUUAUAAUGUAUCAAUGGUACAAUUUCUACGUUCGGGUAAAAAUAUUUGUGAAAAUAAUUUAGCUUGGGUUCGAUGUCGUGGUUCAUCCAUUUUAAAUUUUGACUGUUAUUCAUUAUGGCAAAUUAUGUUUCUGAAACAUCCACAAGCUAAGUCAAAUUCUGUGUCAUCUCUGAAAAUAUUUAAUAUUUCAACAGUAGAUGAUUCAACAUUUGAAAUCGAACUUCACUCCUGGUAUAAUUGCGAUGCCAAUACAAAUGAACGAUUUGAUUUUGCGAUGAAUUAUCGUCAAAAAGUAGUUGCAUUGAGUUUAGAUUUUAUUAGUGACAAGAGUUUAACGUUCAAUCUUCAAGCAUUCUCAUUUUCAAAUAACAAAGAAACAAUUACAGGUUUUAUUCGGUGGAUACCAAAAUUAAUAUCGAACAAUGAAGAAGAUAGAAGUAAACUAAAAGCUAUAGAUAAUUUUUCAGCUAUGACAAAUUUAAAUCCGAUACCACUCACUAAAAAAUAUCUUCAACAAAUAGCAACAGCAACGGACAUCAAUUUAACAAAAGAUGACGAAUUACUUGAAGAUAGAAAUGGAGAUGAUGCAACUUCUCUAGGAUUUUCGAAUGAUCUUGACGAUGAUGAUGAUACUUCAUUAACAAAUUCAGAUGAGAUAACAAAAUUAUCUGAUAGUGAUGUAUGGAUUAAAAAUGACGACAAUUCUACUGCAAUAACUGUUCGAAGUCAUGAUGGAUCUGAAGAAGAACAAAACUCAAUGGACUCAUCUGGAACAGUUGAUGACGAUUGUGAUGAAACAACAAAUUUAAUAAUCGAUGAUUAUCUUGAUGUCGAUGGAGAUACUUCUCUUUCAUCACUUUCCACAAGAGUAGUAGACAAUUCAGACUUAACAGAAAGUCAUGAAAUUGCAACAGCAAUGUUAGACACUUUGAAAAAACAAAUGGAAGAUGUCCAAGUUGCUCGUGACGACGAAAGACAAAAAGCAAUAAUACAAUUGAACUCGGCUGAAAAGAGAACAACAGAGCUCGAAGACAAAUUAGCUGAAACUAUUCAGAGGACUGAACAUUUGAAUGCUGAACUAGAAAGACUAAAGAAAAAAGAGGGAAAGACGAAGGAAAUAGCCAACAAUGUUCAAACUAUAAAAUAUACUAAAAUUGAAAAACAUAUUUUUUAUGACUUUCUCGUAACAAAACAAGGACUAAUUCUUGAUUAUUUACAAAGAACGAAAAAAUUAGACGAUUCUUUCAUAGAUAAAAUACCGAAAUUGAUAUUUGAAGAAAAACGCAAUACAUACAUACUUACUUUGAUUGGUAUUCGAGUUCAUCAUCAAGCAUUUAAACAAAUCUUACUUAGAAUAUUAAAUUUAUCAAAUAUAAAGCAACGAACUAUUGAUUUUUAUCAACGACAUCUCAAUCGAAUAACAAAAUCAAUAAAUAAAAAGCUUUUCGAAGUUCAACCGAACACCAAUUAUUGGAAGCAAUAUAUAUUUAGUGAAUUAUUUAUUUUAGGUGAUUCUUCAUCACCAACAGCUACGACUAGACAAGUCACGAACUCAUUUAUGAUAGAAAAUUCAUUUAUGAACGAAAUUGAACGACUCAAACAUCAAGCAUUAGACAAAUUUAUUGAACUAAAUAUUUCUUUUCAACGAUUAAAACUCUCAUUAAAACCAACGAAAGAUUCAAUCAAAACUGUAAAAUAUUUUAUUGGAAAAAUUAAACGAACCUUCCAAGAAGAUCCUAAAUACAGCGGUUGCGAGCUAACAAAUUUGUGUCGUAUUCCUCAUUUAUUACAACGAUUAAUGAUUUAUUAUUUUUGCUUUAUCAUUCAAUUACCUUUAUAUGAAUCAUCUAAAGAAUUACUUCAACAAAUAGAUAUGAAUACAGUAAUAACAAUAUCAACAUCAACUGGUUCAGGAAAACCUACGUUGUUACCAGCUCUCUUGAUUGCUGAAGGAUAUGAUAGAGCCAUUGUAACACAGCCUCGUCGUUUGCCUUGCAGUUUAAUAUCUAGUCGUGUCAACAAAACUAUGACAGCUGAAGCGAGUCCUACCGGAGAAAAGUUAGCUGGAUGGGUUGUCAGUGGUGAUGAAUAUAAUCCAAGAGCAAAAAUUCUUUACUUAACAGACGGUUUACUAAAAGAACGUUUACUUAAUGAUGAACGAUUUAUUACAGAUAAUACGAGUGUUAAUAAAUCCAUCGUUAUUUUUAUUGAUGACGUUCAUGAACGUUCGGUUAAUAUUGAUCUUUGUUUAGCAUUAAUAGCUCGAAUGUUAACUAAUAAUAAAUUAUUAUCGAAUAAAAUAAAAGUUAUUAUUUCAUCUGCAACACUGCAUCCUUCUGUACCAAAACUUUUCCAAGGAAUAAAACAUCUUAAAUUAACAGAAUUCACGAUACCAUCAAUGGCAACUCUCUAUCCUGUAAAACAAUUUAAACGGCCGAAUGCAAAUCUUUUAAAUAUUGUACAAGAAUUAUAUAACAAACGACGCAGACAAGAUCAAAUAUUAUGUUUUGUUAAUUCAGCUUCAGAAGUCAAUCAAUGCUGUCGCUUAUUAGCCGAAAUAAGUCAAAAUACAAUAGUGGCUUAUCCAUUAGUUCAAUCUCAAUCAUCUGUUACUCAACAAGAAUAUCUUGAGAAAGGAUCUGUUUUUUUUCAACAACAGUGGCUGAAACUUCUUUAA